AUGUCAUUUGUCGAGACUGCAGCCGAACAGCUAAACAUCCAUUUCUCUGCUCCACGGGAAACUCAGUAUCAGUUCAAGACUCUCGGGAGGUUUGCAUCGCCUCUUUGUGCACUCAAUGGAAGCCUGACAUUGAGAGACUUGGCUUGCAUGCAUCCAGACUUAUACGAAGGCCGCAAACCUCGAUCUCAACCGAACUGCACUCACCGGAAAAUACGGACACCAUUAGAGCAUCGAGAGCAUUUUGCCGAGGUGAGAUCCCUUUCUCACAAGGGAUUGACCAGGUAUGUCAAAGAAAGUAUCUUGAAUCAGAUCAACACCGUGGAUCUCGAAAAUGAUGUUGAGUGCGAGAUCGUACCGAACCAAUUGCCUCGUAGCAAUGCUGAUCAAGCUUGGGACAAUUGGGUUAUCGCUGGUAUGACAGAAGAAAACGAGGAAGAUUUUGAUGAUGCAGUGAAAGACAUCAAGAACAGUGUGGAAGAGUUAGAAUCGUUUGUCCGGGAUGAGCUUGCCCAGUUGGAUGCAUUACAAGGGGUACCUUGCCUACACACCAAGCAUGAACCAUUUUGCCUUGCUGCGUAUGCGACUUUUGCCAGCUUUUAUGGCAGGGCGAACGUCACCGUGUCGGCUUGCGACCUUGCUCAACAAAUCAUCGAAGACUUUGCUCUGGGCGUUGCCGUCAAGCCUUUUUUUGUGAAGCGUCAAGAACAUGUACCUGUCCUUUGCCACCUUGUCAUUGGGAAGCAUAAUGGGACAACCAUUGCUUCCUUUCCAUCUUUGCAAUGGAGAGAAGAUGAUAUAGCUGGACUUGCCGAGACUGCCAUUUCCAAGAGCUCGACAGGGACUAACGGGGAGGACACGGACAGUGAGGACUCUUUGUGGUUUCCUACCGAGAGUGACGAAGAAGACGGCAACAAUGGUGACGAACAAAUGCGCAGCUACAGCUUCUGCACCAGGUACGGGUACUGGUGGUCUGAGGCUUGA